CCGUUUCCAUUUAUCGUUCCCCGACCAUACCUUACUACACUUCGCUCACGCGUCGAUUUCAUCUCCAGCCGCAAUCCCAAUUUUCUCAAGUUACCCUUUCAAAUCAAAAUGACUGGCGGUAAAUCUGGUGGCAAGGCUAGCGGUAGCAAGAACGCGCAGUCUCGUUCUUCGAAGGCCGGUUUGGCCUUCCCCGUUGGUCGUGUUCACCGUCUGCUUCGCAAGGGCAACUACGCUCAGCGCGUUGGUGCUGGUGCCCCUGUUUACCUAGCUGCUGUCCUCGAGUACCUUGCUGCUGAAAUUCUCGAGCUCGCUGGAAACGCCGCCCGUGACAACAAGAAGACCCGUAUCAUUCCCCGUCACCUUCAGCUCGCCAUCCGAAAUGAUGAGGAGCUGAACAAGCUACUGGGUCACGUCACCAUUGCCCAGGGCGGUGUUCUCCCUAACAUUCACCAGAACCUCCUCCCCAAGAAGACCCCCAAGGCCGGAAAGGGUAGCCAGGAGCUGUGAUGUGUUUUUUCUUUAAUUUAUUUGCUUGGGGUUUGUCAUUCGGCGUGGUUUGGCUCUCUUACUG